AGGGGGCGUUCCUUACAGAGCACACCUUUAAGUGUCUGCCGCCUGCAGAUAGAUGCGCUUGACUUAGCUUAACUUGCUAGCCGCUAACAAAGAGACGCGGAAGUAGGCCACACGUCGCUCAGCGGAUACACGUUUAAUUGUCGUGAUUGUGCCAAAAUGCGUACAGUCCAAAUGCUGAGAGUGUUGGUGAAUCAGCGACUAAAUGCGGCGGUUGAAGAAAUAUUUGUGGUGUUCGAAAGAACGAUAGCGGACUACGAGGAAGAGAACCAGCGACAACGUCGACUAUUGGACGCUGUCUUCAAGCGGCAUCGACUUAUGUUAAACAAAGCAGACAUCUGUGGAGAACAUUCUCUCCCUGAGCAGCAGGAGUGGACCUUUACGGGGGGUCCACAACCACCCCACAUUGAAGAGGAGGAGCUAUACCACCCACAUAUCCAAGAGAAGGACCCACUGUCCCCUCUGUUUAAAGAAAACAAGGCACCGCAGUCCCCCCGAAUUAAAAGGGAAGAGGGACAGCCCCCCCAAUAUAUAGAGGAAGAGAAGCAACAGCAUUCUCACUUUAAAACAGAAGAGGGGCCACAGUCAACUCAAAUUAAAGCGGAUGAGUCACAGUUCCCUCACAUUGUGGUAGUUGAGGCGCCAGAGUGCCCCCUAAUUAAAGAGGACGAUGAGGAGCCACAGCCUCCUCAAUUUGUAGAGGAAGAGCUACAGCCCCCACACUUCAAAACAGAAGAAGAGGAGCCACAGUUCCCUCAAUUUGUAGAGGUAGAGCAACAGCCCCUUCAAAUUAAAGUUGAGUCACAAUCCCCUCACAUUGAGGAAGAUUGGGCGCCACAGUCCUCUGCGUUAAAAGGGAAGAGGUGCCACAGCCCCCACACAUUAAAAAAGAAGAGAAUGCGCCACUGCACCAGCAUGGUGAAGAGGAGGAGCCACAAAAGUGAAAGUGAGGAGAAGAGAGAGGCGGAGCCUCCAAGCAGCAGCUCAACUCAACACAUGACAACAGAAGCUGAUGGAGACCACUGUGGAGGAUCACAAGCAGACAAGAUCUUAGCUCCACUAUCAGAUAGUGACGACACAACGUCUCACUCUCCUGACACUGAUGAUGAAGAAGACUCUGAAGAUGAUAAGACAUGUCACACUGACAACACACACUUUACAUGUUCUCACUGUGACAAAACUUUUAGUUACCGUAGUUAUCGGAAAAUACACAUGAGAACACACACUGGAGAAAAACCCUUUUCCUGUACAGUCUGUGGUAAAGGUUUUGCACAAAAUUGUCAUCUGAAAAGACACACAAGAAUGCACACUGGAGAAAACCCCAUUUCCUGUUCAGUCUGUGGUAAAGGUUUUGCAGGAAAAAGUGAUCUGAAAAUACACACAAGAAUGCACACUGGUGAAAAACCCUUUUCCUGUUCAGUGUGUGGUAAAGGUUUUGCACAAAAUAGUCAUCUGAAAAUGCAUACAAGAAUGCACACUGGUGAAAAAUCAUUUAUCUGUUCAUUCUGUGGUAAAAGUUUUACACAAAAUAGUGAUCUAAAAAGACACACAAGAAUGCACACUGGAGAAAAACCCUUUCCCUGUUCAGUGUGUGGUAAAGGUUUUGCACGAAAUGGUAAUCUGAAAAAACACGCAAGAAUGCACACUGAGAAAACCCCUUUUCCUGUCCCUUCUGUGGUAAGGGUUUUGCACAACAAAGUCAUCUGAAAAUACACACAAGAGUGUACACUGGACAACAUUUUUUUUUCCUGUCCAGUCUGUAGUAAAGAUUUUAUACAAAGUAAGACUCUUAAAGUACACUGGAGACAAACCAUUCACCUAGAAGGCAUUAUUGAUAAUGCAGAGCAGAAAGCACACUGCUGAAAAUCCUUUUAUCAGCUCAGUCGGCUUUAAAGGUUUCAUAGACAGUCUAACUUUGAAAAGACACACACUCAAGAGAAACCAUUUAGUUGCAGUGUGUGUUUGAUGAAAGAUUCCAUAAUAAUUGCACUGUAAGACACACAAGUGUGCGGGUGAGAACAGCAGCAGCAAAUGAAGACGCAGGAUGUUUUGUCAUUGUUCUGUGUUACAAGCUUGACAAAUUGCUUCUAACUUUUAUGUUCCAACACAUUUACCCCUGCAUGCUAAGAGCAUUUUUGAACUGUUAGUGAUCAUUUUUGUUUGGUAAAUGACAGGCCAUGAGAGAUUGUCAUCACACUUCAACAUCUCUAACAUGUAAAUGCUGCCUCUUUCAUAGAUCAGCAUUAUAAAUGUAAAUAUGUUCCUAAUUGUUUUACCCUUGAUGAAUAAAUGUUAAAUAAAUACAUGUAAACGAGGAAGUAAAUGUUUAUAUACUACAUUACCCAGAACGGUUAGUGCUGUAGACAGGAAGUAGGUUUGAGUUAUGUUGGAGGACAUUUGUGCCGUUUGAUCAAUAAAGAGUUGAUAUAUUGUUACAUGUUGUUGAUCAAUAAAGAGUUGAUAUAUUGUUACAUGUUGUUGAUCAAUAAAGAGUUGAUAUA